CCUCAGAUCGAGCAGCUGCGCACGACGCUCAGCGAGACGCUGCCGUACUGUUGCGGCACGAUCGUUUUGCCCACCGACAGCGUCAUGCUGUACUACGGCAAGACCGACCUCGCCAAGCGUCUCGAUCUGCUGCACGCGUCCGAGGCCGCCCUAGCUGACCUCGAGGCAACGUGCGAGCCUGCUACACUCGGAACGCCCCAGAGGGGCGUGGUCGAUGCGACGUAUCGGCCAGCCGCUCAGCUCUCCCGAGAGCACUUCGCCAUCAAUCUAGACGUCGAGCACUUGGGUGUGCUGGAAGCCGUACGAACAGGGCUGUUCACCGGCAAAGAGCAGCACCGCUCGGUACAGGCAGAACUACGCGAACUUAACAUAUACGGGGAAGGGUCCUUCUACAAAUCCCACAAAGACACCCCCCGCUCUACAUCUAUGUUCGCCUCCCUCGUGCUGAUAUUCCCCACCCUGCACGCGGGUGGGGUGCUCUGUAUUCAGCACGAUGGUGGGCAUUGGGCAUUCGACGCUGCGGCCGUGCUUGCAGAUGCCUCACGCUCUAGCCCGCGUGUUGCCUACGUAGCUGUGUACAGCGACGUAGAGCACGAGGUGACUCAGAUCACUUCUGGCCACAGAGUGACGAUCACGUACAAUCUGUACUACACCGAUGAACCCCAACCUGGCCUGGCUGCCAGCGUCGAGGUGAUCCAGCCGCGGGGGGCAAGCGGUCACAGGCUGAAGAAGACGCUCGCGUCCCUUCUUCAAGACGCCUCUUUUCUUCCCAACGGAGGCACGCUCGGGUUCGGUCUCCGCCACGGGUACCCUUUCCCGACGUCGUUCAGCGCGCAUGAAGAUAACACCCUUGAGACUCUUCGGGACAAGCUCAAGGGUGUAGACGCCGCGCUCUUCCGGGCCUGCAGCGAGCUCGUCGGAGCCGCGCCCGUCUUCUACACCAUAUUC